CAAUGGGGCCUUUCCUCCUCGUUCUCUUCGCUCAUGCAAUUGGAGUAAGCCAUGCCCAUGCUGCUUCACCUGCGGAGGUCUACUGGCACGCAGUCCUGCCAAAAACACCCAUGCCCGGUGCUAUCCGUGAUAUAUUGGCUGAUAAGGAGGCACGCACAGCCGUGAAUGUUAGCGAGGGAGGGCUCAGCUUUAAUAUCAGCAAGGGCAAGAACUUCGCGAGACUUGGUAAUUCCUACAUCUACAACUACAGGUCCCGC